UUUGCACAUUUGUAGUUUGAGCAUAUUUCUUUUGUCAAAAUAAUCAAACAUUUUGUAAGAUGUGUUUCAGCACUUUCAAACGUGCACCGUAUUAGAUGAGUGUUUCUUAUUGCGUUGACCCCAUUUUCCAAAAGUAGAUUAGAGAUGAGAUGUGACGUUCGCAAACGAAUCGAGUCUUUUUGAAGUAAACGAGAAUAGAUUUUCGUUUGAAAGGUGUUUUUUAUGCACAUGCAAAUUUAGUGUCACCAAUUGCUUGUUCUGCACACACAGUGGCACCCAACUGCAAACUGAAUAAGAAAAUAAGUCCAAGGAAACAGCAUUUGGAUUACCUUUUUUAAAGGAAUUUUUAUUUGUAUUUUAUUUUAUUCAUAUUUUGGUUUUACUUUUCAGGUUCAUUAUUCUAAGGAGUAGAAUUAUCACAUUUUUUAUAAUGUCCUAAUAUUUAUUGUAGUUUUAUUUUUACUUUUUAUAUUCAUUAAUGCAUUUUUUUCUUAUCAACUGCUUGUGUAUUUUUUUCUAUAUUGUUUAAAUCAGUGGUUCUCAAAUGGGGGUACGCGUACCCCUGGGGGUACUUGAAGGUAUGCCAAGGGGUGCGUGAGAUUUCUUUCAAAUAUUCUAAAAAUAGCAGCAAUUCAAAAAUCCUUGAUAAAUAUAUUUAUUGAAUAAUACUUCAACAAAAUAUGAAUGUAAGUCCAUAAACUGUGAAAAAGAAAUGCAACAAAGCAAUAUUCAGUGUUGACAGCUAGAUUUUUUGUGGACAUGGACCAUAAAUAUUGAUGUUAAAGAUUUUUUUUUUUUGUGAAGAAAUGUUUAGAAUUAAGUUCAUGAAUCCAGAUGGAUCUCUAUUACAAUCCCCAAAGAGGGCACUUUAAGUUGAUGAUUACUUCUAUGUGUAGAAAUCUUUAUUUAUAAUUGAAUCACUUGUUUAUGUUUCAACAAGUUUUUAGUUAUUUUUAUAUCUUUUUUUUCCAAAUAGUUUAAGGAAGACCACUGCAAAUGAGCAAUAUUUUGCACUGUUAUACAAUUUAAUAAAUCAGAAACUGAUGACAUAGUGCUGUAUUUUACUUCUUUAUCCCUUUUUUUCAACCAAAAAUGCUUCGCUCGGAUUAGGGGGUACUUGAAUUAAAAAAAUUUUCACAGGGGGUACAUCACUGAAAAAAGGUUGAGAACCACUGGUUUAAAUGAUACACAUUUUCUUAAGUGAGGGAUGAUGUCAUUGCCAAAGCAUGGAAAUAUGUCGGCGACGCCUUAUGGAAUGUUUACAAUGGAAAAUACAGCAAAAAAUAAAAAAUAUAUAGCCAAUGUCCCACUUCCAAAGACAUGCACCUGGGGAUAGGUUGAUUGGCAACACUAAAUUGGCCCUAGUGUGUGAAUGUUGUCUGUCUAUAUGUGUUGGUCCUGCGAUGAGGUGGCGACUUGUCCAGGGUGUACAGAGCCUUCUGCCUGUUUGUAGCGGAGAUAGGCAUCAGCGCCCCCCCGUGACCCCAAAAGGGAAUAAGCGGUAGAAAUGGAUGGAUGGAUGGGUUUCAGAAUAAUUCCCACCAAUAGAAUAAUAUUGUGUUUAAAUUGAAUUAUUCUAAUCUACAUUUACAGUGUUAGUUUCCUUGAAAAAAAAAAAAUCAGUUAUACAAAACUAUAUCAACGAGCGAGUCUACUGAACGGCUCCUUAAAAGAAACGGCUCUUCAAAAUCCGGCUCUCUUUAACGUAGAUUCUGAUUUACAAUUGCUGCCUCAAAAUAUAUAUAUAUUUCUGCAAACAAAAUAACACCACCAACGGCUAGAAUAUAUUACUAGCCGUGGUUUAUUAGGUACAGAUUUAACAAAUAAAUGUCUAUAUUUGUAACAAUACACAAUUAAACGCUGUAACACAAUUUGUGGGGUUUGAUUGGCUGUCUGGUGCACACGUGGCUUUCCGAUGAUUGGCUGUCUGUCACACACGUGACUCUCCGUUGAUUGGCUGUCUGAUACACACGUGCAUGUCCACUGUAACCAUCAACAAGAAACGUCAACGAACGAAAGAAUGUUUAAAAAACGGACAAAAUGGUCACCGUAGUGAUGUUAAACAGGGCUUUUCUGGAUGUUCUCCAGUGAUGUUUUCCACAAGCAGUUGUUUUGAGGGCAGCUGGACACUGAGCUGGUGUCUGGAGGCCGGAUGGACAACAUGUCUCCUCAGCAUCAACAGGACAGACUGAGCCGGGCCGCAGAAAAAAGCGACAACAGACGGCGGAUGAAGUCCCAAAGUGUUCGACGCCAGUCCGCCCCUGCUUUGGUCAUCAGCAAGGCUCUGGCCAGGUCUAAGACGCUUUCCAGAGAGAGUCUCUCAGUUCCCGUGUUCCAAGAAACAUGCUCUUUGGUCCAGUCCUUCCUGAAAGUGCCCAACAGGUCGUUUCUCCUGCACGGGCACACUCAGCUGAAGACCGGCAUGCAGACUCAGGACAGACACCUCUUCCUCUUCACAGACAUCCUGGUGAUCGCCAAAGCCAAGUCAGCCAACCAGUUCAAACAGAAGGCGCAGGUGUGUGUGAGCGAGAUGUGGACAGCGAGUUGCAUGGAGGAUGUGUGUGAGGGAAGCACCUGCCCCGACAGGAGCUUCGUCUUGGGCUGGCCCACCUGCAACUCUGUCGCCACGUUCAGCUCGGCGGAACAAAAAGACCACUGGCUGGCUCUCCUCAAAAGACGCAUUAAAGAGGAAAAAGAGAAGGAAGAACCUAAAACCAUCCCUCUCAGGGUGUAUGGGAAGGGACUCAACACUUACGCUGUGACCAAGACUUUGCCAGUCAGUAACUCGGAUUCCACCGCUGAAGUGAUCCGACUGGCCCUGCAGCAGUUUAGCAUCAUUGGCAAUGUGAAGGACUACCAACUGUGGAUCCUCUCCAAGAGGGACAACACGCCUUAUCCUCUCAUUGGUCACGAGUUCCCCUUCAGCAUCCACAUGAGUCACGCCCGACAAGUGUCGUCACAGACUGCCACCUCGCCCGAAGACCGAGAGAGGGUGCUACUGGCGGAACAGCUGCAGGUGCGCAAGCGCUGCCAGUUCAUCCUGAAACCCCGCCCUCCUGAGGAACCGCUUCAAAAGCAGGUGGUGGCAGCAGAUUUCUCCCAGAAGCCACUGAAAAGGAGGCGAUCCUUAAUCACUUGGGCCUUCCUGCGAGGAUCCUCCCCUCAGCUGGAGACGUCCACGGGGAUCACGGCACAGGGCUGCUUGUUCGGUCGGCCCCUCAGCACCGUGUGCGUAGAGGGCGCUUUGCCAAAGCCUGUCAUGGACAUGCUGAUCUUCCUGUAUCACGAGGGCCCCUGGACGCGGGGCAUCUUUCGACGGCCCGCAGGCGCUCGCGCUGUCAGGGAGCUGAGGGACUCAAUGGAUGCCGGACAGUUUCUUCUUCCCCUGACACGGGACCACAUCUUCAUCAUCGCCGGAGUCUUCAAAGAUUUCCUGCGCAACAUCCCUGGCAGCCUGCUGUGCUGUGAUCUGCAUGGAGAGUGGAUGGACGUGUUGGAGGAAGAAGAGGCGCAGCAAGAGCGAGUGCAGGAGAUACAAAGAAUGAUGGGUAGGCUACCCAAAGGCAACGCUCUGCUUCUGCGCCACCUGCUGGCCGUGCUGCAGCGUAUCCACGGUAAUGCUCAAGAGAACCAGAUGACCAGUUUUAACUUGGCGGUGUGCAUCGCUCCCAGCAUGCUUUGGCCCCCCGGAGCGCUGUGCAGCCCAGAGGCGGAGAACGAAGGAACCAGGAAGGUGUGUGACUUGGUGAAGUUCAUGAUAGACCAGUGCCAGCAGAUCAUAGGAGAGGAACCAUCCUCACUCUUUGGAGCUUUUCUACAAACACUCACCGCUGAGGAGGAGACAGGACUUGACAAGUGGACAUAUCCCCUGACCGACUCGUCCUACGACAGUCUGGAGAACGAGUUGGACACCAGCAGCGGCGGCUCACCCAGUUUUUGCGGCCGACGUCUGAGAUCCAAACCGGGGAGUCUGGACUCGGUCCUCACAUGCAGCGACUACGACCAGGACACAGACGCCGACACGCAGAAAAGCACCUGGCAGCUGCUGAGGAGAAGCCGAGGGCGGAGGCUGCACCGUCCCGGCCGGGACACGCCCACCGCCGACACCCCGGACUCCCUCUCCCCGCAAAGCGUGCACAGACAGCGGCGACGUUCGGAACCGGCGCUGGCGUACGCGGCCAAGAUCCGGUUGGGCUUAUCCGUGAGCACGGACGACCUCGCAGGAGAGGACAAAGGCGAGCGUCCCUCAAAGCCAGAGGCGGGGCUUCUGCAGCGGUGCAGGAGGUCAAUGGAUGCCAGCUCCUCCAGCCUGUCCUCCAACCCCAACUCUCCUGCACCGCCACAGAGCUUCCUGUUAGGCAGACCACAAGCGACCAGAAUGUGUCCUCCCUCCACCCCCUGCGUCCCCGCGGCGACAUGCAGCAGAGACGGGCAGUGGGGGACCUUGAAAGGUCUUCAUCCAAACUCUUGGCUGAGGAAAGACCGCCGAUUGUCUUUAAAUCAGCAGGAAAGUUUGGAGAAGAACUCUCACACCACUGAUGAUUAUUAGUAUCAUUCACUAUUACUUUCUAAUUAGUACGUUUAAUAUGCACUUAGUUGUCAUCAAUGCUUUUGAGGCCUGAUAUUGAACAUCACAGCAACACGGAUGCCCCCCAGUGGACAUUUUGAUGUACUGCACAUUGUUUACUAUUCAACUCAAUUGUUUUAGAGCAGGGGUCACCAACCUUUUUGAAACCAAGAGCUACUUCUUGGGUACUGAUUAAUGCAAAGGGCUACCAGUUUGAUACACAAAUAAAUUGCCAGAAAUAGCCAAUUUGCUCAAUUUACCUUAAAUAUACUGUAUAUAUAUUUAUAUAAAAAAAAUUGGUAUUUCAGUCUGUCAAUCUGUCGUACCUUUUUUUUUCUUUUUAUGGAAGGUUUUUUUGUAGAGAAAAAAUUAUGAAAAAGACAAUUGAACGGUUUAAAAGAGGAGAAAACACGAAAGAAAUGAAAAUUACAUUUUGAAACAGUUUAUCAUCAAUUUUGACUCUUAAAAUUCAACCCAAAAAAAGAAGAGAAAAAGUAGCUAAUUCAAAUCUUUUUGAAAAAAUUUAAAAAAUAAUUUAUGGAACAUUAGUAAAUUUUCCUGAUUAAUAUUCAUUUUAAAAUUUUGAUGACAUGUUUUAAAUAGGUUAAAAUUUAAUCUGCAUUUUGUUAGAGUAUAUAACAAAUUGGACCAAACUAUUUUUAACAAAGACAAAUCAUUAUUUCUUCUAGAUUUUCCAGAACAAAAAUGUUAAAAGAAAUACAAAAGACUUUGAAAUAAGAUUUAAAAUUUUAAAGAUUUUCUACA